GGCAUAAACUCCUUUACAUUUUUUUUUUUGUAGGUACAGUAUAUCCUUAUUAGGGGUAACACCUAUUACUGUAUGAUCAUUUUAUUGUUCGAGCUUAUGUCAGCAGACAAGAUUCGUCUGCGUAUAAUUACAUAUCGCCAGUUGGAUCGUAAUCUCAUGGUUAUCGUCCUGAUUGAAGAAUUUUUAUAAGUAUAUGGUUACAGCCUCUGGAUUGCCAUUCAAUGUUAUAAAAUCAAUUACAGCCUCUGGAUCGCAUAUCUAUUGGAUUCUGUAUAUUUUCAAUACAAUUAGGAUCCAGAGGUCUGUACUACCCCAGCUAUGUUAUCCCAGCAUUAUUUUUUUACAUGGAAUAUAAACCCCGUCACGCACACACACACACACACACCCCUUCUUUCUUGUUGAACCAUGUUUUUAUCGAAAUGGACAAGACAGCCUGUCAUGGGCAAGUCCAUGCUAAUGAAACGAACCAUGAACCAAUGGUAUUCUACCAAACCCGUCCCACCACCUAAAACCUUUACUUGGAAAUCAGCGAGUGUAUUAGGAGUGACAGCCAUAGGACUUGGAUUUUACUUUGACAAUGAAAAGAAAAAGUACGAUUUAGAGCGAAACAAACGGUUACGAGCACAGGAAAAGAAGCAACGAGCUGGACAUGCUGUGGGGAGACCGUUCGAGUUAUUUAAUGUGAAUGAAGGCAAAGUGACAAGUUCAGAGAGUGUAAUGAAGGGUAAAUUUUCCUUGAUUUAUUUCGGUUUUACACAUUGUCCAGAUAUCUGUCCCGAAGAACUAGACAAGAUGGCAAGUGUGGUGGAUGAAGUGAAGAAGGAAUUUGGUAAAGAUGUACUGAUCCCUAUCUUUAUCACAUGUGAUCCAUUACGAGAUACAGCGGAUGUGGUCAAGGCCUAUGUACAAGACUUUCAUCCGGAUCUGAUUGGAUUUACAGGUAGUCCUGAAGAACUCAAGAGUGUGGCAAGAGCCUUUCGUGUGUAUACAUUUACACCACCCGAUGUGAAAGCCACAGAUGAUUAUUUAGUGGAUCAUUCCAUCUUUUUUUAUUUAAUGGAUCCAGAAGGAAAUUUUGUGGAUUGUUAUGCAAGAGAUACCACACCUGAGGAGGUACUCGCUAGCUUUAAAAAUUAUAGGCAAGAUUAUCUUGAUGAUCAUGAGUUAAAAAAAGUUUAAAAUAAAAAAAAAUCACUUUUUUUUUAGUUUGCGCCUAAUGUAUUGCUACGACUGAGGGAAGGUUUGAUCACGAAGGAUGGACUAGCUAGUUUGGGU